UCUUAGUCCUGGAGCGUCCGAGGGGUGGUCGCCCGGAAAAAUGGCGCUGGCUUCGACGGCCUUUUUCUCUCGCUUCUCUGGUUUUCCAUCAAGCCCUGUGUGCUCCUACCUCCAAAAAUUCUUCUCUACCUCCUUUCUUCUUCCUUCCUCAAUCCCACCACAACCUCAGCUUCUCCUCCUUUCUCGCUCUUCGCGUCCAUUUACAUCAACCUCGUCUUCUUUUGUGCUCACUACCCAACUCCACCGUCAAGUCGAGCACGGCGAUUCCGGCUUCCCCAUAAUUUCAGACACUGAAGAUGCAGAAAAAUUAUGGGAAGAAGGAGAAGAGGAAGAGGAUGAGUCCUUGACUGAGCAGCCGCAGGCGACCGAACGCGUCAAUGCGGCGCUUCCGACCUUCCCAACCCCUAAGCUCACCAUCAAGGAGAAGAAAGAAUUAGCUUCAUAUGCCCAUAGCCUCGGUAAGAAGCUCAAAAGUCAGCAGGUCGGCAAAUCUGGUGUCACCCCUACCGUCGCAGCCGCCAUGGUGGAAACCCUCGAGGCCAACGAGCUCCUCAAGCUCAAAAUACAUGGGAGCUGCCCUGGAGAACUGAGUGAUGUUGUAAAGCAGCUUGAGACUGCAACCGGUUCAGCAGCAGUCGGCCAGAUUGGUCGGACUGUGAUUCUCUACAGGCCUAGUCUCACAAAGAUUAAAAACAAAAAUUCUGAUACAAGAAGAGAACAACAGCAGACAAAGUCAGUUAAAUCAGUCACUAAGUUAAAUGUUCCCAAGAAGACACAAGCAACAAGAACCUUCAGUAGAUCCUAACAAUAGAGUUCAAGUACCAAAGAAGGAUUCUACAUGGUAAUGCCUCUGCGAAAAUUUUGUGGCCUCAUCAACUGAACUAUAAAAACUUCGUAAGCUCUUAUAUUUUUGACAGGCUUUUGUCGUGUAGCAUGGAACAUUCUUGGUUGUAAAAAAUGCAGGUUAAGUGUUUGCCAAGCGAAGUAGUUGGUGUGGCUGUGCUUCCUGCUGUCAUUUUCUUAUUUCUUCCAAUGUUUUGUUAGUUAAAAUCCGUGUAUGCUUGGUGUUAUUGUUAGAUUACCCCAUUAGAUCUCUUUAAUUUAACUCAUGAAAAUCUUUGUUUAAUUAACGAUAAGGCUCUAGUAAGCCAAUUUGCUA